AAAGGCGUUGUAAAAAAAAUUGGGAAGCGUUAACCUCAGAUGAUUUUGUGUGAUGAUGAAAAGAUGAAAGUUGGAAGCACGUCACUGAAUUAUUGUUUGGAGAGACGCAGCACUUCUGAAGUUAAAUCAAAGCAUCUUGUUCAGCGUAGUUGAAGUAGUUAAUAUUUGCCAGAUUAGCUUGAGGUAUUUUGAUGUAGUGUGAAGAUAACAGUGGUACAGUGUGGUUGUACAGAUUAAACGAGGCACACGCCCAUCCAGCUCGUUUCACAGAAAUACACCAGCAGCACAGUUCCUCUUUAACCUGCAAAAUCUUACACUGCAUUUUCCUAAGAACUUCUACAGAUUAUGUCAUAACAGUCCAGAAAGUUUUUUUAUUUUAGACAUAAGAUGUAGUUGUACUUUGACAUGUUUUAUCACUUGCCUGUUUCAACUUUACAUACAGUAACUGGGUAAAACUUUAACAAGUUUUAGCUGUAUGAAUUAACCUCAUGGAUCAUGCCUGCUGCAGAAGCAGAAUUAUUUGUCAGCAGAAUUUAUUUUCGCAGCCUCCUCUUAUCAGAAAACAGCCGCGAUUACUAAGCUUAAUUGGUAUGUAAAACCAUAUGGUGUUUUGGAGCUGCUUGGUUACUGUGGAUAAAUAGCUCCUGACCCUAAACGGGAUCUUUUUAAGAAAAAAAAAAGCGGUGUCCCUAUGCCUUAUAAGGCGUGGGCAGGCUGACUCCAGUGCUGAAGAAGGGGCGGUAACGGGUUCAUGCUGCUGAGUUUCCUCGAGCAGCGGUCACAGGCGACUGAAGAAGUUGGGCUGAAAUUGCGAACGCUUCGUCCCCGGCACUAAACAGUGAAACCGCAUCGAGAGAGGAGGCAUCAGGUGAAAUCUGGAAAAAAAAACACCCAAAACAACAAAAAAACAAACAUCACCACCACUUGAUCAUGGGAAAAUCAGCUUCCAAACAAUUUGCUGAAGAAGUUUUGAAAGCACACAAUGACUACAGGAAGAAACACGGAGUCCCCCCACUAAAACUCUGCAAGAAGUUAAACAGAGGAGCUCAACAGUAUGCAGAAGAGCUGGCUACCACAAGGGUCCUCAAACACAGCUCUGAGUCUGCUAAUGGAAAAUGUGGAGAAAACCUAGCAUGGGCAUCCUACGACCAACCAGGGAAGGAUGUAGCUGACAGAUGGUACAGUGAAAUAAAAAAUUACAGCUUUCAAAACCCAGGGUUUUCUUCUGGGACAGGUCACUUCACAGCAAUGGUUUGGAAGAACACAAAAAAGAUGGGAGUUGGAAAAGCAUCUGCUAGUGAUGGCUCAACGUUUGUGGUGGCUAGAUAUGAUCCAGCUGGAAAUGUAGUAAAUCCAGGCUAUUAUGAAGAAAAUGUCCUUCCUCCAAGAAAAUAACUUUUUUUUUUUUUUUCCCCAAAGGUAGUCUUAUUGUUUAAUGACAAAUGAACCUGGAUUUGGACUUAACAAUGUUUGAGAUGAAGUACGAUUCAAUGAAAUUUCUUGUUUGAUGCUGUGGUUCACUUGUCAUUAUAGACGGAGCAAUUACAUGUUGCUUGAGUCGGUCUGCACAUUAGAUCCCUCUUGUUUCUGAGGGAGUUUCAGUUUAUUUGAGGGUGAAGUAUAUGCAGCAUUUCUGAAGGGUAAAAUGUAUAAGGUGGGUUUUUUUUAUAGUUUGCAUGAACUCUGUGUCAGCAUGUGAGUAAGCACAUGUUGGAUGUCUCUUUUUAGACAAGCAAAUUUAUAGCUUUCUGUAAACUGAAGAUACCAGCUUGUAAUUAUAUCAUGUACUGCCAGUUUUCCAGUAUUUUUUAAUAACUGUAGAUUUCUAUGCUCUAUCUAUACCUCCUCCUACUGUGAGGCCUUCUCUCUGCAGAUGGACCAUAUGCAAAACUUCCCAUGUGAAAGGGGCACAUGUAGAAUGUAGUGGCAUUCAGACCUAAUGUGGUUUUAUUAAAAGCAUCUCAUGGAACACUAAAACAUUUCUCACAAAAUUGUAUCCGUCAAGCAAGCCAUAACUAAUGCAUGACCCAAGAGCUACUAAAAUUGUUUAAAUCCCAGUGUUACAGUUUAGGUGCUAAUAUUUAAAAGCUAUUUGAGAUGAGUGCUGUUUCAAGUUCAAACCCAUGUUACAGUUUACAUUAUGUACAUUAUUGUAUAAUCAAAAUGUUUACUUCUGUUACAGGAAAGCAAGAUAACUACUUUUUCUCUUAGAGACUUAAGCACAAAAAAAAGUUUCUUUGUUGGAGCAUGUUAGAUUUUACUUCUCAAUAACUUUUUUUUCAUUUCCUAGGGAAUAUCUUCUGCAGGUGUCAUAUUAUGCAGCCAAUGACAUUCCCAAGUAAUCUUUUGUCUCCUUUAAUAAUGUCACAGGGGUAGUUAUUCACAUGGUCAUAAUUCAGAGAUGGUUACUCUUUGUUCAUAUCAUUCAAUAACAAUAAAAAUACUUCACAUGCUGGACUGAUGCCCUGAAAAUUUCUGAUUAAAUUUCCUUAAAAGCAAGCAAGCAAAAAUUCUGAUGACACUUGUUUUCUCUUAUGAAAUGUGGAUUGGGCCAUUUUGGCCAAGUUCCUAUACUGUGCUUUAAUUUGGGGUUUUCUUUGUUUGUAAAUGUUUAUUUUGUCUUCUGCUGAGAUUCUCUAUGCCAGAAUUUGGUUCAUGAAGGGUGCCAUUACAGAAAUACUUCCUUUUGUUUACACAGUUGUAAUAAACUGCACUGUUAUGGCUUGAUUAUAUGUCACUGUGAUGCCGUACAUUACACUCUAUUUGCUGCAACCAAGAAUUUAACACAUAUAAUGAACAUCUGAAAAUUAAAUAUUUUUUAAUAUUAAUUACUCAA